AUGGCCGCGGCCCGCGGGAAGCAGGAGCGGGACCCGGCGCGCUUCGUCUACGUGACCCGCUUCGGCUCGCACCAGUGUGGCGGCGUCUUGCAGCUGGGUGGCCGCCGGGCUGAGGGCCGAGGGAGCCCCGGGCUCCAGGCUGGCGGCGGCCAGGAGGGGCCGCGGGGAGAGGCGGCCGGGGCCCCGGGCGGCGGGGAGCUGCCCCCCGGCUCUGGGCCCGGGAUCCGCGCGGCCUCCUCAGCGGCGCGGGCGUCGAGCGCACGGAGCGGCGGGCGGUCGGCGGCGCGUGCAGGCUCAACCCAGAAGACUUUAGCUAAAAAGUUUGAGUUUCCUAUACAUUUCAACGAAGCUUCCAAAAUAACGAAGAAAAAGCAAAAGGUUUUAGUGUGGAAGAAAGUACACAAAAUGAUUUCUAGAAUGCUCGAAGAAAAUGAAAAAUAUAGACUUAGGCUGAAAGGUCAACAAUUAAUCUAGUGAAAACUCAGACUACACAAGAUGAAUCUUCUAAUCAUCUUCUGGAUAUUUACCGAGAAGAUUACGAAGAGUUUAAAGAUAGAACUUUAAAUGGAAUCAUAAUUAUUUGUUAAUUUUGGUGUUUUUUAUUGGAAUUGGGAC